UACCCCUAACAAAAAUUCCAAGAGUUGAAACUUAUAGCGAAACCGAAACUUGUGGGUUGAUUGAUAGUUUUUAAUAGACGUAAAACUUUUCAGUAGCUUCCAGUUUGUUGUUUAAGAGCUGAACAGUGUUGAUAUAUUUUCAUAUAUAACUAUGGCAUACUUGAAGAAUGAAGAAAUAGAUAGUGCUCUGGCAAUGAAUGUGACAUCAAGUAAUUUGAAUGACUUAAUCUCACAAUAUGGUUUGAAUCAAAUGCCAGAAGGAUUGAGACCUGCAACCAUUCCAAAUAAUUCAGAUGUUAUACAUACAGCAAGUUUGAAUCUUGCACAGUCCAUAGAAAUUGGAAAUUUAGCCCAUACUAAUGUUAAUGAACCUAGGAAAGCAGCAACUGUUAAUGUUGUGAUUGAAAAUAGAAUGGUACGAUUUAGAUAUGACUCAGAACUAAACAACAGAAAUUAUGGUAAAGAAGUCUUGGCGAAAAUAGUGGUGAAUGACUACACUGGAAGGGUGAAAGUUCGUAUUCAUGCAGUAGAUGAUAAAAAGUUCAGAGCCCAUCCCUUCUGUUUGAUUGGAGAUAAAUGUAAUGAUGGAGUCUAUAUAGAAGACCAUGAUAUCACUCCUGAAAAAAAUGAAUGUAUUUGUAAAGCUACACCAAGAAUUCCCAAACAGAAGAAUUAUGAUAUGGAGCUUAAUAGUAGAAAACUUAUAAUGAUGGACGCAAGCCGUUUUCCAUUCAUCACUUCUGACAUGGAAAAAGAUGAUUACUGGAACUCCAAUAAGAAUAUCAAAGAGAGUAAAGAGAUUAUAUUAAUGGUAGAGGUGCAGUUUGUUGAAAAUCCUAAUCCUCCCUAUAUAGCACAGUACAGCAACCCUAUCAAUAAUGCAAAGGAUGGUAAAAAAUUUGAGGUAUAUGCUAUAGCUCCUUUAACAUCAUCAGUAUCAGGAUCAGAAAACGAUUCACACUUCAUCAUCUUGACCUCAGAUUCAUACUCGCCUGCUGAGUCAGACAUUGAGAUUAAGUUUUGUGAUGAAGGAAAUUGGUAUCAAACUACUAAAGGAAAAGUUAUUAAAAAUGCUAUAGAAUUCCAUUUUCCGGGAUACUGUGAUGCGUUAUCAGUUAACAAGACAGUGUAUGUUUCUGUUUAUGACAAGAAGAGGAAAAUAGAAACAUCAAAAAAAGAACUCACACUAUUGCCUACAGAUGGAGACAUAAUUGCUCACAAAAGGAAAAAAAUGUUGAACUUCACCAUACCAGAUCAUACAGAAGGCGUUAAACAAGAACAACGGUCUUCUUGUAAUAAUGUUGUCCAACGAAGAAUACAUCACUUGAAAAAGAAACCUCCCAGUCAGAGUGCAGGUUCACCUCUGGAUUUGGCAAAGUUAGAAGAAGAAGGAUUGAUCAGUUUGAAUAUUACUAGCCCGAUGAGCCAGAAUGAAUACAGUCAAAACUCUACCUCAAACUCUUCAUUUGGUCAACUAGCUACUGCAGCGACAUUUUCAAACUUCAAUAACCCAUCCACUACAUUGGCUGGAAGUAUUCCCAAUACAAUUCCUGCCAUUCUAGCACCAAGUGGUGCGAGAGAUAUGCAGGCCAGGUCAACGAUGUCUGAUUACCAACUAAGUGCAAACAGUUCAGACAAUAAGGAUCUUGCAAACAACGUAGCUUUUUCACAAAACUCUCAAGGAAACAUUCUUCAAUCUCUGAGUAAUAUACAGGUUGUCAGUAACAAUGAUUUGUCUCAGGAACAAACUUUAAGCCUUAGUCAGCUUAGCAGUAUUCUUCAGUAUCCAGAUGUUCUUAGGUUGCUUGGCUUAAGUGCAGAUGGUUCUGCCCCACAGGCACCCAGUGCACCUUCUGUGAAUUUCAAUCAGGUGAAUACUAAUCAUUACACUAAUAUCAAUACUGGUUUUGAUCCCCAUGAUGUGAGAAUAGAAGAUCUUGUUGACGAAAUGAGUCAAAAUGACAUUGAAAUUGAUUGUGAGGAAAUUAGUAGUUCGACAGAAAAACAGGAAAUCAGUAGUUCGACAGAAAAAAAGGAAAGUUGUGAAAAGUGCAAGAAUGAAAAUGACAAAAGUGAACAGAAGAAAGAAAAAGAUAUAUCUUCAAGCAAACAUUCAAAGGACAAAGUAUCAGAAAAGAAAGUGUUGGAAAAGAAAACAGAAAGCAAAGAAAAAUCAGAGAUACAAUCUGCAGUUAUCUCGUCCAAUGUAGACAGUGACAUUGAGGAAGGAUAGAAUAUUAAUCAUUACAUUGGGUAGAACAUGCAUUUCAUUUCAUUGAUAUGUAACAUAAAUAUGCUGUAAACAUAUUCCAAAAACAAUUUCAUUUAAGUUCCAAUAGACAUUUUACUGUGUCUUGAAUUAGAAUUGUUUUAUCCUUCAUUUUACAAUGAUAAUUAUAUAUAUAGUUGUGAAAAUAUGAUCUAAAAAGAGAAUUUUUAUUGUAUAUAAGUGUGCUUCCAAAAAUGUAUUAGGAGUUGAGCCAUCCAUAAUAAGUUGCUGGUUUGCUUUAAUCUAUGAUUGAAUUUUAAGAUGGAACUAUUAUAAUAAAUCAUGUCUCUUAUUUUUAUGAAUUUUUUCUACAGUUAAUUAAUUUAUAAUCAAAUUGUUGAGUAAAUUUAGCAUCUUAUGGUUCAUUGUGUUUCUUAUUAUAGUUUAGAGUUAGGUUUUAAAAGAUAGUUUAUUUUUGAAUGGCAAAAGAUAAAAUUAUAAAUAUUUGUUGAUAAGCUUUUUUUACUUAGUAUACUUAUAUUUAUUUAAACAUUUUAUAAGGUCAGUUUCUUAACAGCAAACCAAAAAUAAUUAUGAAUGGCAUUAUUUACAUAUAUAUAUUUAGCAAACCACAGAAGCAUUUUUUUUUCAUAAUUUUGUUUCUGUGCUUUUAUAAUUAAUAGAAUGAAGUGCUGUUGUAAAUAUUAUCUUAUUUAUAAUCUGUAGCAUUUAAGUGGGCAAUACCAGAAUGACCAGUCAUAGUAUGACCAGACCUGACCAUAUAUUCUUAGUUGAAACAAAAUUAUGGUGAAGGAGAUUUAUACUAAUACUCAUUGUAUGGAAAUUCCUCUUCGAACAGAUGAUCAAAUCAUUAUUUCAUUUAAUAUUUUUGAGGGCAUUACAAUCUGACAUUCAUAAAUUAUCAUUAGUUCAUCUUGGAGUUAGAGGAAAAAGAAUCUAUUUACAUUCCUUAA